AGGUGUGGCCUUAGCUGUAAACAGGAAGUGACCGCCAGCUCAGCAGCUAACCUGGCUAGUUGAGUUUGCUGUGUUAGCAUGUGAAGCGAGUGCGGCUUGGCAAACUGGGGGGUUGUUGCCGGACAAAGCUGCUUAUUGUUGAGCCGGGGUAAUGUCGACUGUCUUACCGAAGCUGCUUAGUUCUGCAAGUUUGGGACUUGCCAAGCAAUGGUUCUGUUAAGUCAUUAGCGGCAGAUUUUGGUCUGGAGCAGCUUUGUUCAAUUUAAAAGAGGUGACUUUCUUCAUCUGGGUGAAAAGUUUUCGAUGCGUUUGUUUUAUGGAACGCUGACAGAAGGCAGACGGGUGGAGAUCGUCCGUGUCAUGUUGGAUCUUCAUUUGUUGGCCUCAACAUAAGUCCUGCUCACGAGUCUGAGGACUGAGUGGCGAGUCCCAUGAGACCGAUUCCUGAGUAACUGCUCAACAUCAUCUUCGUCGUACCAGCAUGUCUCAGUCCGUCUCGUCCCCCGCUGCGACAGACGUCUCCACAGAACUUACUGUAAACACAACCACAGAAGGGUCAGAGAUCAAGGCACCCCUCACUACCAGCGCCCCCGUCAGCAUUCUACAGGAGGGGGCCGACCCAGUAGAGUUGACACAAAAUAAACUGACACAUGUCAACGACACGGAAGGAGAUCUAGAAGAGGUUGGGUCUACAGAAGGAGCGCUAGGUCAGGACGCGGACGUGUUGGAAAGUUCUUCUGUGGCGACAGCCGACAGUUCAGAUGAGCUGCGAGAGUCCAGCGACUCAGCAUCCUUCUCCAUUCCAAGUUUGGAUAUGUCUGACGGGGUGGCGGCUGCUGGAAGCUGCCAGGAGGCGGACGACGUCUUGUCCUCGUCCUAUUCCGCCUUGAGGGCAGAGGGGUGCUCUCCGUCUAAUGAAGUGGCCAGCCUGAAGGAGGACGACCUGACAGGGUGCAAUGCUACCACAACGGCCACUGCCACCGCCACCGCCACGUCUUCAGAGACCAGCGCGUCUACGCCGGCAUAUUACUUGGUGAAGUGGAUCACGUGGAAGGAGAAAAAGACGCCCAUCAUCACUCAGAGCGAGAACGGACCCUGCCCCCUGCUGGCCAUAAUGAACAUUCUCUUCCUGCGUUGGAAGGCCAAGCUUCCUGUUCACACUGAAGUGGUCACCACGGAAGACCUGAUGGCUCACUUGGGUGAAUGUGUGCUGUCAGUUACACCGAGAGAAAAGACACAAGGCGUGGAGCUCAACUUUCAACAAAACAUGAGUGACGCCAUGGCAGUGCUGCCAAAACUGUCAACGGGUCUUGACGUGAACGUUCGCUUCACUGGCGUGACAGAUUUCGAGUACACACCCGAGUGCAUAGUGUUCGACCUGCUGGACAUCCCGCUGUACCACGGCUGGUUGGUGGAUCCUCAGAGUCCAGAGAUGGCCUCUGCUGUGGGAAAACUGAGUUACAACCAGCUGGUGGAGAAGAUCAUUGACUAUAAACACUCGAGUGACAGCAGUCAAGUCAGCGAAGGGCUAGCGGCAGAGCACUUCCUGGAGACGACGGCGACGCAGCUGUCUUAUCAUGGCCUGUGUGAGCUCAAUGCGGUUGCCAAAGAAGGAGAGAUGUGCGUCUUCUUCAGGAAUAACCAUUUCAGUACUAUGAUCAAACACAAGGGUCACUUGUACCUGUUGGUGACGGAUCAGGGUUUCCUGCGGGAGGAGACCUUGGUGUGGGAGUCUCUGCACAACGUCGAAGGAGACGGAAACUUCUGUGACUCACACUUCCGACUGUGUCAUCCCCCUCAGAGAGGUUCGCCACCCGCCAAGCUGCCGCCAUGUGACCAGCAGAGGCAGAUUGACCAGGACUACCUAGUGGCCGUGUCUCUGCAGCAAGAAGGCGGGGCUUCAGGGCCCUUAAGUGACCUGGAGUUGGCCCGGCAGCUCCAGCAGGAAGAGUAUCAGCAGCAAGGCCCCCAACAGGCAGCCCCUCAGGUCAGCGGUCAGGCAGCUUCACAGCCAGGAGGGGCCAGGAGAAGAGAGAAAGACUCCUCUGACUGUGUCCUCCUGUAAUUUUAGGUCCUCCUCGUCAUCAUACACACUGAUGCCAAACCUUAGUGCUUUUUUUCAUAAUGACUCCGUUAAUGAGAUACUCCUCUCUUUGUUACAUCAUCAUCAUCAUCCUCAUCGUCCAGUGUUGGUGAAGAUAACAAUUUAUGUCAUCAUUUCUAGACGUCCAAUAAAAGAGUUUGAAUAAA